AUGGACCCAGCAGACUUACCCGGGGAGAGCGAUCUGAUACAAGUCCAACGCCUAGUCGAGUGGAUAACCCACACUUCUAAUACAAGGGCAAAGAUUGUGGGGAUAAAUGCUAUUGAAGCAAUCCUCGAAGGAAAUUCCUAUCUCCGCCAGGUCAGAGGAUGUUUGGACUUAUUGGCCAAUUUGAAAGAAGCCUGGGAGGCGGCGCGAGCUCUGGAAAUACUGGACUUGGCCCAGCAGCAACAGACAAAAGCCACCCCGGAGCAGCCGCGCCAGCCUCACCGGCCGGAUGUGGUUUUGCCCGGCCCGUCGGAGCUGUCUGCGGGGAAGAAACGACGAUCGCGCCGCAGGCGCGCCACCCCACAGCCGGACGUUCGGACUUCUAAAUCAGCUCCUGCUGGAAGCUCAGAUGAGCCCAUCCAGCACUCCGCGGCUCCCACGCUGCCACCUGCCUUCCAGAAUGGCCGGCACUUAAUCAUCAGGUACUCCAGGUCCGGUGAGCAGAACCCCGGUAGUUGUAUUGCGGAGUCCGGUACCUUAUCCGAUAGCCAGGUUUCUGUAAGGCAGAUCACGCAGCAGUCCCGCAUCUCUCACUGGAAUGAGAUCCGUGCCCGAAGCUCGCACAGCUUGUUCUCCAGAGACUGCACAUUAGCCAGCAAUAAACUGGGUAACGGUGGUCUGUUAGUGCGUCGUCUCAGUCGAACUAGAAUGCCAGAUCUUCUCCCUCUGCGUCGGCGUUUGCGGCCUCCAGGGCCAGAGAACAAAGGCGUCUCAGAGUGCAGACAUGUCUGCUGCAUCUGUCUGGAUGUGUUCACUGAUCCAGUCAGCACACCAUGUGGACACAACUUCUGCAAAAACUGCAUCACUGAGUACUGGGACAUGAAUAAGAGGUGUCAGUGUCCCAUGUGUAAUGAAACUUUCAACACUAGACCUCAUCUGAGGGUCAACACUUUGCUCUCUGAGAUGGUCGCUCAGUUCAAAUGUGAAGUUCAGCAGAAAGUCAGCAGCAGCAGCUCAGAGCAACAAGCUACCAAACCAGGAGAAGUUCCCUGUGACAUCUGCACUGGAACCAGACUGAAGGCCCUGAAGUCCUGCCUGGUGUGUCAGGAGUCCUACUGUCAGACUCACCUGGAGCCUCAUCUGACAAAGAAAGGCCUGAAAAGACAUCAGCUGAUUGAUGCUGUGGAGAACCUGGAGGGCAGAAUGUGUAAGAAGCACGAUAAACCUCUGGAGCUGUUCUGUAACACCAACCACACAUGUCUGUGCACCUGCUCUAUUUCAGACCCCAAGAACCAUGAGUUUGUUCCUCUGAGAGAAGAAUAUGAAGGAAAGAAGGCAGAGCUGGAGAAGACAGAGGCUGAAAUUCAGCAGAUGAUCCAGAAGAGACGACUGAAGAUUCAGCAGAUCAAAGAAAGAAACUUCCUGACAACACAGAGAAUUUCUUACUGUGUUAAUGUUUUAGGAAAGCAGAGUUUCUCUUCAGGCAGAUUUUACUUUGAGGUUCAGGUUAAAGGAAAGACUGACUGGACUUUAGGAGUGGCCAGAGAGUCGAUCAACAGGAAGGGAAAAAUCCCACUGUCUUCGUCUGGUCCUGAGAUGGUGGGGGUGUUCGUGGAUUAUGAGGAGGGUCUGGUCUCCUUUUAUGAUGUAGGUGCUGCAGGUCUUAUCCACUCCUUUACUGGCUGCUCCUUCAUUCACAAACUCCACCCAUUCUUCUGUCCCUGUAACAAAGAUGGUGGUAAAAACUCUGCACCUCUGAUCAUCUGUCCUGUCAAUCAAACUGAGUCGAUCAACGACUGAUUUUAUUUGAUGAACUGAUUGAUUUUUAUUGAAGGGAACAAAUGAACAUAUUCAGUGUAAAUACUCUACAGUCUCCAUGUUUUCUAUAGAAUCUGAUUAUCGGGAACUCUCAUUCACACUUUGAUUUUAUUCUCAUGGUUUCAAAGGUAUAAUUGAGACUCGAGCUGCCAGACAGGAGGAAAAGAGGGCCCGAAAGGAGGUUCGUGGAUGUAAUGAAGGGGGACAAACAGAGUGUUGGUGUGUCAGUUUAAAGUCUGUCAAUCUGAUUGUAACUGGCUUCUGUUGCGCUUCACUUGCUUUUUCUCCAUGUAACACCACUUAAACGUAGCUGACCACAGUCGCAGCGUCCACUCAGUUAUACGGCGAUGGCGCCCUCUAGUGGUCACGGCAGAGUUCAUCGGCACAAAAUGAGACGUUUGAGUUUUGCUCAGUGUUCAUUUUUAUCAGGUUUUGA